AGCCAGGCCUGGGUGCUCAGCAAUGGCAUCUGUUUGGUGGCCCUGCCUCGUGUUGGCUUUGUUCUCCAGCUUGGCAGCCUCUGGCUUUCCAAGAAGCCCCCUCCGGCUGCUAGGGAAACGGAGCCUCCCGGAAGGGCUGGUUGAUGACAUCGAGGUCUACAGUACCAAGAUCAACUGCAAAGUGACCUCCCGCUUUGCUCACAAUGUCAUCACCACGAGGGCUGUCAACCGUGCAGACAAGGCCAAGGAAGUGUUUUUUGAUGCGGAGCUGCCCAAGACAGGCUUCAUCACCAACUUCACCUUGACCAUCGAUGGUGUCACCUACCCUGGCAACAUCAAGGAGAAAGAAGUGGCCAAGAAGCAGUAUGAAAAGGCUGUGUCCCAGGGCAAGACAGCUGGCCUGGUCAAGGCCUCUGGGAGGAAGCUGGAGAAAUUCACAGUCUCGGUCAACGUGGCUGCGGGCAGUAAGGUCACCUUUGAGCUCACUUACGAGGAGCUGCUGAAGAGGCACAAGGGCAAGUACGAGAUGUACCUCAAGGUCCAGCCCAAGCAACUGGUCAAAAACUUUGAGAUCGAGGUGAACAUCUUUGAGCCCCAGGGCAUCAGCACACUGGACGCUGAGGCUUCGUUCAUCACCAAUGACCUCCUGGGCAGUGCCCUCACCAAGUCCUUCUCAGGGAAAAAGGGCCAUGUGUCCUUCAAGCCCAGCUUGGAUCAACAACGCUCGUGCCCAACCUGUACCGACUCCCUCCUCAACGGAGACUUCACCGUCACUUAUGACGUGAACAGAGAAUCUCCCGCCAACGUGCAGAUAGUCAAUGGCUACUUUGUGCACUUCUUUGCACCUCAAGGCCUUCCGGUGGUGCCAAAGAACGUGGUCUUUGUGAUUGAUGUCAGUGGCUCCAUGUCUGGUCGCAAAAUACAGCAGACAAGGGACGCACUUCUCAAAAUCCUGGAGGACGUGAAGGAGGAUGACUACCUGAAUUUCAUCCUGUUCUCCGGGGGUGUGACCACUUGGAAAGAUCAACUAGUUCAAGCUACGCCUGAAAAUCUCCAGGAGGCCAAGACGUUCGUGAAGAACAUUCGUGACCAAGGACUAACCAACAUCAACGACGCACUGCUGAGGGCCAUCCAUAUGCUGAACCAGGCCCAGGAGGAGCACCUGGUCCCCGAGAGGAGCACCUCCAUCAUCAUCAUGCUGACAGAUGGGGACGCCAAUACUGGCGAGAGCAGACCCGACAAGAUCCGGGAAAAUGUGCGGAACGCCAUCGAAGGCAAGUUCCCCCUGUAUAACCUGGGCUUUGGCAGGAAUCUGGACUACAGUUUCCUGGAGAGUAUGGCUCUGGAGAAUCAUGGACUUGCCCGGCGCAUUUAUGAAGACUCCGACGCUGACUUGCAGUUACAGGGCUUCUAUGAGGAGGUGGCUAACCCACUACUGACCAGCGUGCAGUUGGAGUACCCCGACAACGCCAUCCAGGGCCUCACCCAGAGCAGUUACCAGCACUUCUACGACGGCUCUGAGAUCGUCGUGGCCGGGCGCCUGGUGGACGAGGACACGAACAGCUUUAAGGCGGAUGUGAAGGGCCAAGGGGCCCUCAACGAUCUGAUCUACACAGAGAACGUGGAUGUAAAGGACAUGGAGAAGGCCCUGAAGGAACAAGACUAUAUUUUUGGGAACUACAUUGAGCGGCUGUGGGCCUACCUCACCAUUGAGCAGCUCCUGGAGAAACGCAAGAAUGCCCAGGGUGAGGAGAAGGAGAACCUCACAGCCCAGGCCCUGGAUCUGUCCCUCAAGUAUCACUUUGUGACUCCGCUGACUUCCAUGGUGGUAACCAAGCCAGAGGACAGUGAGGACCAGGCGUCUAUUGCUGACAAGCCUGGAGAAGAUGCAGAAGCCAUAUCUGCAGUCCCCUCCACGGCCUACCAAGUCAGCUACCAGCCUCCUCAAAGCCCCUACUACUACGUGGAUGGGGACCCCCACUUCAUCAUCCAAGUCCCAGAAAAAGAUGACGCCAUCUGCUUCAACAUUGAUGAGGAGCCAGGCACAGUGCUGCGCCUCGUUCGGGACCCGGUCACAGGUCUCACUGUGAAUGGGCAGAUCAUUGGCGACAAGAGAGACAGCCCUGACUCCAAUACUAGAAAGACUUACUUUGGGAAACUGGGCAUUGCCAGUGCUCAGAGGGAUUUCCGCGUUGAGGUGACAACAGAGAAGAUCACCCUGUGGAGUGGGGCUGCGUCGACUACUUUGAGCUGGCUGGACACAGUCACGGUCACGCAGGAUGAGCUGUCUGUGACAAUCAAUAGGAAGAAGAACGUGAUGAUCUCCUUUGGACAUGGAGUUACCUUUGUGGUUGUCCUGCACCACCUGUGGAAGAAGCAUCCAGUUUACCCAGAUUUUCUAGGUUUCUAUGUGACAGACAGCCACCGGCUGUCAGCACAGACACAUGGGCUGCUGGGUCAGUUCUUCCACCCCUUUGACUUCGAAGUGUCCGACAUCCACCCAGGCGCUGACCCGACAAAGCCAGAUGCCACAAUGGUGGUGAAGAACCAUCAACUGACAGUCACAAGGGGCUCCCAGAAAAACUAUGGAAAGGACACCAGGGCAGGCGUGAAGGUCAACUGUUGGUUUGUCCACAACAAUGGAGAGGGGCUGAUUGACGGCGUCCACACCGACUAUAUAGUCUCCAGCCUGUUCUGAGAGAACAUGCCAGCUUCUGUUGAGACAGAGGGCCCAGCGUAUCUGGAACACGAGCACAGAGCAAGGCCUCUGGGAGGAAUGGGGACAAUAAAGCCUGAUGUGGAAGCAGACA